ACACUAUAAUCUGGUUCUCUCUGUUUUCAUGUUCUUCUCUGGAAAUACGGGAGAAGAACAAGAUGCAAGAGAACCACAAGGCAUAAUGCAUUUCGAGAUUGACAUAGAUGUCACGUUGCAUGACAAGAAUUUAGCCAGAUUGAAUCCUUUUUAUUGUUGUUGUUGGCUUUUCAGAAAAGGUUAAUUGUUUCCUCUCAUGGGAAAUUGCUGUGGAACUCGUUGCAAGGUUGAUGACACUUUGAACUCCAACCACAGUUCUGCAGAUGUUACCAAAGUUCACCGUAGAAGCACCCAUUUGUUAGUUCAUUCAAAUCUAAACGGGCAUGGAUACAGUGAUGAAGGCAAACCUGAGAUUAUUCUCCCCACUCCAAGAUCUGAAGGGGACAUACUUUCUUCCCCGCAUUUAAAACCCUUCACAUUGCAUGAUCUUAAGAAGGCCACUAGAAAUUUCCAGCUUGAUAGUCUUAUUGGAGAAGGGGGAUUUGGUUAUGUGUAUAAGGGGUUGAUUAAUGAUGGUAAAUCCUUUGGGCCUACAAUGCCUAAAUCUGGAACUGUUGUAGCUGUGAAGAAGCUUAAGCCUGAAGGUUUUCAAGGGCAUAAGGAGUGGCUGUCUGAAGUCAACUAUCUUGGACAACUUCGCCAUCCAAAUCUUGUCAAACUUAUUGGAUACUGUCUAGAAGGAGAUAACCGACUUCUAGUAUAUGAGUACAUGCCCAACAGAAGCUUGGAAGAUCAUAUAUUUCGAAAAGGCACACAACCACUUCCUUGGGCAACAAGAGUCAAGAUUGCUAUUGGUGCUGCUCAAGGUCUUUCCUUCCUACAUGACUCUAAGCAACAAAUUAUCUACCGUGAUUUCAAGGCUUCUAAUAUAUUGUUAGAUUCGGAAUUUAAUGCAAAACUCUCAGACUUUGGAUUGGCCAAAGCAGGCCCCACUGGUGAUCGUUCUUAUGUUUCCACUCAAGUCCUGGGAACUCAUGGCUAUGCUGCUCCUGAAUAUAUUGCUACAGGUCGGUUGACUUCAAGGUGUGAUGUCUAUAGCUUUGGGGUUGUGCUAUUGGAACUACUAUCAGGGCGCCAUGCUAUUGAUAACACAAAAUCUGGAGUGGAACAUAAUUUGGUAGAGUGGUCAAGACCCUAUUUGGGUGAUAGGAGGAAGUUGUUCCGGAUCAUGGACACCAAGUUAGAAGGGCAAUACCCACAGAAGGCAGCUUAUACAAUUGCAAUUAUUGCCUUACAAUGUAUUAGUGAGGCCAAGACUAGACCGCAGAUGUUUGAGGUUUUGGCUGCCUUGGAACACCUGCGAGCCAUUAGACAUUCAGCUAGCCCAUCUGGAGAAGAGAAGUCCAUGCCAAGCCCUAUGUUAAAAUCCCCUUUGGGACAUAACCAUCCAGAGUUGUGAAAUCCCAAAGUUGGUGUAUUUUCUCUUUAAGUUAGAACCUCUUUUUAUGGGUCAUGUUAGGUGAUAGCACCCAUGAGAGAGUUUAGUGGACUGUUACUUUACUUAUGGAUACAUAACUUUGGUCACAGAGAUGUUAUCAGCAUCAAAAUGCUUUGUCUUAUCCAUUUACUAUCAGGAGGAAUCAUUUGGUUCCUGCCAUCAUAACAGCAUUCUUGCUAC